CUUUUAAUUCGUCACUAGUCAACGUAGAUUUUUUACAGUUAACUCGUGUACAUUGUUUUGUCUAAUCUGUCAACGGUUUAGUUUCAGCUAAAGAUAUUCUCUAUUUAUUGACAAAUGUAGGAUGAAAGUCUGAUUAAGUUUAAAUUGUUACCAUAGAUAGAAUAUCCACAAAGAAAAUCGAUGAAUUUUUGUCCAGAAUUUCUGAAAUAGUCUUCUGUGGAUUUGAAAACUUGUAGUUUACAAAUACAAACUAUUUUCUUUGAUUCCGAUUUUCCUUCUCGAAACAUAAAGGUAAUGGUUUGGGCGAAAAUUAAAUGAUUAAUUGAUUUUAAUUAAUACUAAUUUUAACUAUUCUGAUCGAGUAAAGUUCCAUUUCUAAGCUAAACAGAGAACCGAAAAAGUCAAGUAACAUCUCAUUCAAUAGAAAAUUUCAAGCUCUACAAGACGGCCUACUAUCCAUGUUUAAUUAUUCAUCUUUGAAGGCUGAAGUAGCCGGUUUUUUUUCAGUAGGAAACCAUUCAAUUCAAAACGUCCUGCUAAAUCUAAGCCUGUAGCAUCCAAACGGAACAGAAAAGCAAGUUCUUUCGAAACCAUUGAGAACUGACGGUAAUACAGAAUAUGGUGCUAGAACACACUGGAAACGUCCGUUUAAUGUCUUGUUUUGUGCUUUUGAGCAGUAAUAAGUUCAGUAUUUUGUCUAUUUUUCUAAAACUAAAUACUAUGUUGAAGCUUUUAAUCAGUCCGAAAAAGUAAGAAGUAGCCGGUCUUGUAGUCCAUGAAAUUGAACCAGAUAAGAUGCUACUUGAAUUUUCCUCGUUAAGUCGGUACCGUACAAAAAUCAAGACUUCAAGUUUUCACUGCUUUUUUAGUCGAAAAGCGAGUUGUUCGAAGAAGCCUUACGGCUGAUUUGACUCAAACAAUAAAAUAUGGAUUUUAUCUUAGGUUAGUUCAAACUAAGACUUCAACUAGUUACGUAGAAGAACUGUACACGAGUUGUCUUAAAAUUUGAGUCGACAAAUAAGGAAAAUAAUAACUGUGAACCAGUUAGAAAAAAAUUGAUGAGUUGACGGGUUAGGAGUAAAUUCUUUUGUACAUCUACAUCGUACAAAAAAAUCUCAAAAUUUCAUGAUUACAUGUUGAGACCAAACUGUUUGUUUUGUUAUAGAUUUGGUCAUGGUGCGCAAAAUUAAUUAUUGAUCUUGUAUUAUUUAUAAUGCCUCAUAUAACCUCAAUAAAUGAUCUACCAUCAACGACACUUAAUCAUUUGAAAGAUAUAUUUCGAUCGUUGAUACUUCUGGCUCGUCAAAAUAUUCAUUUUUUAAAAUCAUUUCAAGAUGAACUUUAUUCUAAAGCAAUUGCCAAUAGAGUCGAUCUUAUUCAUGAAUAUCUCAAAGAAGUAUUACAAAAAUUAAUUGAUAGUAAUGAUGAUAUUGAUUUAUUAUUAAUGCAUGAUACACCAGUUGCUACUAUCGACAAGCAAUAG